CUGCUGAGUGCAGUAACCACGUAUAGAUGUAACUUACUGGAACCCUGACACUGAGACGGAAAAGAUGUGGACGUUUUAUUUAUCAGUUACCCUAUUGUCUGUCAUACAGAUACAGCAUAUCGUGGCUACAGGAUGUAAUAUUGUGUCAGUGACAUCUCCUUCAGCAUCAACACUGAAAAUUGUAUGGAGCAGCUACACUGGAGCUUCCGGUUACUGUCUCGACUUGAGAGUUGUGAACUCUACCACUAUUGCCCCAGUGGUGGUGAUGCAGUCGGCGCCUAGCACACAGAGAACGAUACAGGGGUUAAGACCCGGACAUGUCUAUGAAGUCACACUGAAGGUCCUUCACUUUUUUCAGGUUGUGUGUACAGUUUCUGAAAUAACCAUGACAGUGCCUGCUACAUCUCAGAUCACAUUUUCCAAAGCUAUUUCAAGUACAUCUAUAAAGUUUGAGUGGUCCAGUGUGAUCGGGGCGGACAGCUAUAUCUUGUUAGUGGAGGAGUUAUUUAGUUGGCCCGUAAAGCGAUUCAACCAGACUUUAACAUCCCUGAGUGGACAAAUGGAUGGUCUGACUCCCGCCACAACUUACAACUGCUUCGUUUACUCCUCCAAUAGCGCGGGAAGAGGCGCCAGGAGUAAUACAAGGACAAUCUUGACAUUGGUGCAGCCACCAACAGGUGUGACUCUAGUCGUAACAGGAAAGAGCACAGCCACAGUGACGUGGAAUGAAGUGAAUAAAGUCCUGCUUUACCAAGUGGCUGUGAGUGACAAUGACAACCCCAGCAACCCUCCAGUCAUCAGAAACACCUCAAGUACAUCCAUGGAUAUCAGCAAUCUGGAGCCCUGCUCCACCUACACAGUGGGAGUAUCAUCAGUCAAUGUUUUUCUGGUGCCUGGAGAGCCAUCCAAUGUUACACACACUACCUCGACUAUUAACCCGGUGACGACAGUCUCUGUGGACUACAGCUGCUCCAACGGCAUGGUGACAGUAACUUGGAACCUGGUGUUCGGGGCCAACAUGUACAGGGCGACGGCUGUUGAUGGCACCGGUGAUUCCCUUAACUGUACUUCACCUUCCACCAGAUGCCAGAUCACCAAGUUGAAAUGUGGCGAGAAGUACCAAGUCCACGUUACAGCCAUCUCUGAUGACUGUGAGAGCACCUCCAACACCUCCGCCCUGUUCGAGACAGUCCCCUGCGCUCCAGCUAGUCCUCAGACCACCCACACCUGCUCCAGCAAUGUGAUCGUCUUCAACUGGCAGCCCACCAACAACACCUUAUACUACGUGGCCACGGCUGUGGACAAAACUGGCAAAGUGACUGAGUGUAGGACACCAGAUAACACGUGUUACUUCACCAACACGGGCUGCGGUCAGUUCUACACCUAUAAUGUGUACGCCGUCAGCUCUGGAUGUAACAGCGAAGUCAGCCAGUCUAAGUUUGUCCGAACCUCUCCUUGUCUGCCAACAAAUGUGAGGACAGGAGCUGGGUGUCACUCUGACAUGCUGAUCACGACCUGGGACUCUGCUGCUGGAGCUCUUUCUUAUACUGUAGAAGCACAGGGGAACACUGGGGAAACCUACAACUGCACCUCCUCCUCCAACAGCUGUGCAGUUACCGGCGUGCCGUGUGGUGAACACCUCAGUGUGUGGAUUGUCGCCUCCAAUGACAACUGCUCCACUCAAAGGGUGUUGGGAGAAAUUGCUCAGACUGUUCCAUGCAACCCCAAAAAUGUCUCAGCAUCAGUGGAGUGCAGUCAAGAUUCUGCAAGAAUUAACUGGACGACAAGCAUCGGGGCCAUUUUCUACAUUGCUGUUGCUCGGGAUGCAAAUGGAAAUUCACACAGCUGUAAUUCAAUGGGGACAAGCUGUUUGAUUGAAGGCCUGACAUGUGGACAGAAUUACACUGCCACCGUUGUUGGGACUAACUUUAAUUGCAACAGCACCACCAAUCAGGAGAUUUCCUUUAGGACAGCGCCUUGUCCUCCCACCAACAUCGAGGCAUUCAGAGACUGUGACGCUAAUCAUGCUCUGAUAGUGUGGCAGAACCAUCAGCCCACAGGCAUCUACACAGCCACUAUAGAGGAUCAGAACGGGGCUCAGCUCUCCUGCACCAACAACACAGCCAACUACUGUAAAAUCAGCUCCCUACCUUGUGGAAGGAAAUACAACGUCACCGUCACCUACAACGAUGGAAACUGUCCGUCCACCUCUACACCAAUCAGCAUGUACUCAGUGCCAUGUGGUCCUGAGGAUGUGAGAGCCAGUCUUACCUGCAUUACCGGAGAGCUGACGGUCACCUGGAACAUCUCCAUUCCUUCAGAGAACUACACCACCAUCAUCUCCAGAGGGAUGGGCCAGCCUCUGUACUGUAACUCUACAGAGACCCAGUGUACCACGGGAGGGCUGUUAUGUGGAAGCUCCUACGUGGUGACGGUCUUCUCUGUCACCGGGACGUGUUUCAGUCUGCCGAGCCCAGAAGUCACAGUGCAAGCAUUGCCGUGUCCUCCAACGAACAUCACAGCUGCUCACACAUGUGCUCCGCAUCCCGUUCCUGUGUCGUGGGUGCCCAGUGGCAAUGUCAAACGCUACACUGCAGUCGCUGUGAGCAGCAGAGGUCACAAGUCUGAAUGCACAAGCAAUGAAACUUCCUGCGGCCUUCCUGGGCUCCACUGUGGGGAAGUUUACAGUAUUCGUGUUUCAGGAGCUGAUGACAACUGUACAGGUCAACAGAGCGACACGAUUUCUCUGAAUACAGAGCCUUGCACUCCAUCUAAUGUGUCCAGUCAGCUGAUCUGUAGCGUAGGAGCUGCUCAGGUGUUCUGGGCCUCCAGUACAAACGCAGUGAGCUACUCUGUAAAAGCCACCAGUAAUGGACAGACUCUCACCUGCAACAGCUCCGGCCCCAACUGCACCUUGAGUAACCUGGUCUGCGGUCAAGCUUACGAUGUUCUCGUAGCAGCUUCUGAUGGCACCUGUGUCAGCAACUACAGCGCCCCCUUCCGGCAAGACCAAGUACCGUGCGCUCCAGGAAACGUCACUACAAACCUCAUAUGUGGCACCAGUGACUUAAACGCCACCUGGAUCCCUGCUGCUGAGCCCCUGAACUACAGUGUCAUUGCUCAACCACUGACUGGAAAUCUUAGCUCAGUCACCUGCCACAGUAACAGUGGCGACUGUGUUCUGAGUGGCCUUCAGUGUGGACACACCUAUAAUGUUUCUGUCAAAGCCUCCUCUGGCGGCUGCAGUGGACCAUACAGCCCCCCACAGAGUGUUCAGACAGCAACCUGCUCCCCUCAGAGCUUGACAGCAGUGACAGACUGUGGCACAAACGCUCUUCUGGUGUCCUGGAAUGCCUCUCUUGGUGCUACCACCUACACAGUGACAGUAACAGGCCCAAAUGGCUACUCUGACACCUGCUCCUCAUCCAGUCUCACAUGUUCUUUUGCCGGCCUGCAGUGUGCCAGUCAGUACAACGUGACAUUAACAACCCAGGACAGCCACUGCACCAGCUCUCCCAGUCAAACUGCUGUGAUCACAGGACCAUGUGACCCCGUCAAUGUGACCGGCGUCCUGCAGUGUGGCUCAGACAUGGCCACAGUGUCCUGGGCUGCAGCUCCCGGGGCUGUGGCCUACACUGUGAUCGCUCGAGAAGGCAGCUCUCAUCUUUAUACUUCCUGCAGGAGCAGCACAACUUUAUGUAAACUGAACCAGCUACAGUGUGGAAAAGUUUACAAUCUGACUGUGAUGGCUGAGGACACCACCUGUAACAGCACUGGAGCAACUAGAGGAGUCCUAAUGACCGCUCCGUGCUCUCCCUCUGUCCAGAACAGCACUCUGAUCUGUGGCACAAAUUCCUCUUUUCUGUCUUGGUUGCCGAUGGCCGAUGCCACAGGUUACACAGUGAAUGCAACAGCUGCAAAUGGACAUAAAGUCUCGUGCAGCUCAGCCACUGCUUCAUGCAACCUAACAGAUCUGCUGUGUAGUGAAAUCUAUACGACCACAGUCACUGCAAGAGGAAACCAGUGUGACAGUUUACCUGGAACCAGCACCAACAUUACUACAGCUCCCUGUCCUCCAAUUAUCACAUCAAAACAGUAUAACUGUGGCACCAACACAGCAAUGCUUGGGUGGACUGACCCGGUGGGAAGCCUCAGCUUCAUUGCUCAGGUAGCAGGAGAAGGAUAUCAGGACAGCUGCCACACUGCAAAUACCACCUGCAUGUUCCAAAAUCUUCCCUGUGGCCUGGAUGUUAAUGUAACCGUCGAGGCUCAGGGAGCGCAGUGCAGCAGCAGCCUCAGUGUCAGUGAAUCCAUGGAAACAGUCCCAUGUGCCCCAAGGAAUAUGAGUGCCACACUGAUGUGUUCCAAUCACUCAGCCAUGGUGACGUGGGUGGGAAGCCCCAGUGCUGUAGGAUACAACGUGACAGCAACAGGCCAGGACGGACACACACACCACUGUCACACCAACUCCACCCGCUGUGAAGUCCCUGACAUCCACUGUGGUGAAUCCUACAGCAUCACAGUCACACCAUACUCUCAGACCUGCACAGGAAACCCAAGUGCAGCUUACAGCUUUAGUGCAGGCCUCUGUGCUCCCACUAACGUCACAGCGUCUACAGCUUGUCAGGACAGCACUGUCUCUUGGUCUCAUGUGACGGGGGCUGAUAUGUACAUAGCAACAGCAACUGCAGCUGAUGGACACACUCAUACUUGCAGCUCUAACAUUUCAAACUCAUGCAAUUUCACUGACCUCCACUGUGGGGAAACCUACACUGUCACUGUGGUAACUGUGGACCGAGGCUGCUGGAGUGACCCCAGCUCAGCAGCAGUGCUGAGAACAGCUCUGUGUCCGCCCACUAACCUGACGAGCCAUGUCAGCUGUGAUGCCAACACAGUGACUCUCACAUGGACUCCAGUGACCGGAGCCACCUAUGUUUUACAUACUGAGUGGAUCGGUGGCACACUCCCUCCUGAAGAGCACAUAACCCCAAACACUUCAAUCAUGUUGUCCAACCUGCUGUGUGGACAGAGGUAUGCUCACCGCAUUGCAGCCCAGGAUGGACAGUGCCGCAGCAGCUACAGUCGGCCCAUAGAAAUAAGUACAGCUCCCUGUCAGCCCACUAACUUGACGGCUCGUGUGGACUGUGGGACCAACAUGGGGAAUUUCUCCUGGGAUGAAAGCAGCGAAGCAGGUUUCUUCAUUGUCGAGGUGACAGGGGAGCACGGCCAUGUGGCUUCCUGCUCCUCCAAUGAAACCUACUGUGCUGUCAAACUUCAGUGUGGUCGCUCAUACUCUGCUACACUGGUGGCCUCCACAGAGAGUUGCAACAGCAGCAAACACACCGAUAUUCAUUUUGAAUCUGCUCCGUGUCUACCAGAAGAUGUUCUAGCAGAGUUAGAUUGUAACACCAACAUGAUGAAUGUGAGCUGGACUCUGGGAUCAGAUGACUACACCGCCUGGGCCAUCAGCACAGAUGGACACAGAGCCUCCUGUAACUCAACAUCCGACUACUGCCUCAUCCACGAUCUGCAGUGUGGCAAAAUCUACGAGGUGGCUGUCACCUCCUCCUCCAUCCACUGCCAACGCAUAGCUGGAUCUGACUACAAGAUUCAGUCUGCUCCGUGUAAACCUGAGAACACCUCUGUGGACCAGAACUGUAGCUCCAAUGCCAUCACAGUAAAGUGGAACCAGGACAGCACAGCACAGAACUACACUGUUAAAGCCACGUCUGCCUCAGGUGUAAACUCCACCUGCGACGCCACCGAGAGCAGAUGCUCCUUCCUGGACCUGAGCUGUGGUCAGCGCUACACUUUCACUGUGAUGGGACACACCAACGUGUGCAUGAGCGAGAUGAGCACUCCUGUAGAGAUGAUCACCGCCCCAUGUCCUCCAGCCAAGGUGUCGGCCAAGCUAAACUGUACCACACGUAAUGGACUGGUCAGUUGGAGAAACACUGCUGCAGCUGCAGCUACAGCCUACAGCGCCCAGGCAACCUCUGCUAAUGGACACAACUCCUCCUGCAGCGAGAUGGGCACAUUCUGCACCCUUAACAACCUGGUGUGUGGACAGGAAUACUCUGUAGUUGUGGAGGCUAUGCAUAGUGGCUGUCCUGGACCUGCCAGUGCCCCUGUCACCCUCACGACAGAGCCCUGUGUUCCGAUGAAUGUGUCUGUAUACUACAAUGUGAGCACUGCCCAGGUGAUGUGGAGCGCAGCAAGCAGAGCCACGUCGUACUCUGUUGAGGCUGUGACAGACCAGGGCCUGGUGGUGACCUGUAACUCCACCAACACCAGCUGUUACCUGAAUGAUCUGCAGUGUGGUCAGAUCUACAACAUCACUGUGAAGGCACGAAACCAGGCCUGUGAUAGUGUGAUGUCUGAAACCUUCCGCCUUAUGACAGAGCCCUGCCCACCAACAAAUGUUCGAGCCAGUUUUGCAUGCAAGGAACUAACUGCAACUGUGUCCUGGCAACUGAGUGACCUUGCUGUUGGUUACGUUGCCUACUUUGACAACCAAACUGGCCACUAUACUUCCUGUGUCAGCACAAACACAGAUACAAGUUGUGUCGUCUCAGGGCUGAUGUGUGGAACAGUGUACAGCGUGUGGGUGAAGGCGACAGGACAGAAGUACAACAGCUCUGACAGCUCUGUGGUCUCUCUCACAUCAGGAUCUUGCCCACCAAGCAGCAUCGAAGCCGUUGUGGACUGUGAGGUUCGCUCUGCUAUCAUAUCCUGGCAGCCCAGCGUUGGAGCCAAGUUUUAUGUUACUGUUGUUAAAGCCUCCUCAGGCCACACCGCCAGCUGCACCACCAACCACACUAACUGUGAGCCGAGCCCCCUGCAGUGUGGAGAGGAGUACAACGUCACUGUAAUGGCUGUCGGAGACACUUGUAACAGCACUGCUAUGAUGGCAGGAUACCUCAGCACAGAGCCCUGUGUUCCUAUGAAUCUCUCUGUUCACUACAAUGUGAGCACUGCCCAGGUAAUGUGGAGCGCAGCAAGAGGUGGCAGCUCAUACUCUGUUGAAGCUGUGACAGACCAGGGCCUGACGGUCACCUGUAACUCCACCAACACCAGCUGUUACCUGAAUGGUCUGCAGUGUGGUCAGAUCUACAACGUCACUGUGAAGGCACGAAACCAGGCCUGCAACAACACCGUGGUCUCUGCACCCUCCCGCCUCAUGACCGAACCGUGUCCGCCUACCAACGUCCAGCCCAGUUUGAUGUGUGAGCAGCUCACUGCGACUGUGUCCUGGCAGCAGAGUGACCUCGCUGUGGGUUACGUCGCCUACCUUGACAACCAAAACGGCCACUCCACUUCCUGUGUUAGCACAAACCCACACACCUUCUGCACCGUCUCAGGGCUGAUGUGUGGAACAGUGUACAACGUCUGGGUGAAGGCGAUGGGACAGGAGUACAACAGCUCUGACAGCUCUGUGGUCUCUCUCACAUCUGCUCCAUGCCUGCCCCAGCAGAUAGUGGUAGAUGUUGACUGUAACUCUAACGGUGCUGCCGUGGUGUCCUGGAAUUCCACUGACGGCACAGCAAACUUUUCCCUGAUGGCUGUUGUCGCUGGAAACCUUCAAACUCUGUGCAGAACUCAACACAGCACCUGUAAUGUAACAGGCUUAAGCUGUGGGGAAACUUACAAUCUCAGCCUCACCGCCAGCAAUGAGCAGUGCAGCGUCACAGCACAGACACACACUAACCUCACCACACGACCUUGCCCUCCUCAGCGUGUAGCUUCCAACCUGCAGUGUGGCUCUAGCACUGCCGUCCUGUCUUGGGAAGAGAAGUCUGAUGUUGAACUGUACACUGGAACUGCCAUCAAGGCGUCUGGAGGGGAAAUGAAAAAAUGUAACUCUACAGGCUCUACCUGUCAGUUCCAUAGUCUGGACUGUGGAGAGAUGUAUAAUUUAACUGUCACGGCACACAUUCAAGGCUGUGGAAGCGAGGCCAGUAAAACUGUGUUCAUCCAAACAGAGCCUUGCCAACCUGUGAUAGUUUCUGCUCAGGCACUCUGUCAGAAUGAGGAGGUCCAGAUCUCCUGGAACAAAACAAAUGGCGUAUUAAACUACUUAGUUACAGCCACAGGGAGCCUCGGAUAUGUGGAGAUCCAUAACACAACCCAAACCCUUCUGACAGCCACUUUACCAUGUGGACAACAUUACAACAUCACUGUACAAGGACAAGGCAGCGAGUGUGACAGCAUCCCCAGCAGUCCUGCCUUCUUCAAAACCACCCCUUGUAUCCCCUGGGAUGUGUCGACCUACGUGGAGUGUGAGUUUAACGUGGGCUCAGUCAGCUGGGGGCCCAGUGAUGGUGCUGAAGAGUACGUUGCCAUAGCGACGGGCCUCGACGGCCACACCCACCAGUGUCUCACCAACACCACCUCCUGCACCUGGAGCGACCUGCACUGUGGGGACGAGUACACUGUUGUGGUGAGAGCGAAGGGAGACAACUGCACCAGCCGGCCGAGCAACAGCUCCGUCAUACAUAUGAAUCCCUGUGUGCCGCAGAAUUUGAUCGCCACUGUGAACUGUGAUUCUGAAGACGUUUCUCUGAGCUGGGACGCCAGCAACAGGACAAAGACCUACAUGGUGUCAGCUGAGGCAGGAGACAAAUCAGUCCAUUUCAGCACUAAUGUCACCACAGCCCACCUCUCCGAACUUACCUGUGGGCAAAGCUACAACCUCACAGUCACACCUCACAACCAGCACUGUCCUGGAAACCACAGUGCAUCAGCAUUCAUACAGACCUGGCCGUGUCUACCCAUGGGAGUCUCUACCAUGCAGGACUGUCUCUCUGGCGUCGCCAUGGCAACCUGGCAGCCCAGCAAUGGGUCCAACUACUACACAGCCACCAUGCAGACCGACUCUGGCAUCUCUGAAAUGUGCAUGUCAGAGACUAGUCAGUGCAGCGUCCCUGGGCUGACAUGUGGACACAACUUCUCCGUCUCAGUCACAGCUUCCAACCAGCAGUGUAACGUCACCUCCAGCCAGAUCACAACUCUGCAGUCAGUGCCGUGUGUUCCCACUAACGUCUCCAUGGUGAUGGACUGUGUGAACAACACUGUCGUUGUGUCCUGGUCUGCCAGCCGCGGUGCUGUACAGUACUCAGUGACAGCUCACAGUAGUCAUGGCAACGACAGCUGUCAGACCCCCGGUCUCAGCUGCACCCUCAGAAGCCUCACAUGUGGAAACAGCUACACUGUUCAGGUAGUUGCCAUGGACGACAACUGCUCCAGUGUCCCCAGUCAGCCUCUGAUAUUUAACUCAGGCCCCUGCCCACCUCAGAACGUGAGCGCCCAGGUCACCUGUUCAUCCAAUGAUAUAACAGUUUCCUGGGAUGCCAUCAGAGAUGCUGACCACUUUUUGGUUUCAUUAACUGCGGAGAACGGAGGAACCAGCGAAAUAUGCAACACCACAAACACUGCAUGUUUCUUCAGUAAUGCCACAUGUGGAAAUACAUUUGCAGUUCACAUCACCUCUGUCAGAGGCAGCUGCCGCAGCAGACACAGUCAGACCCAGAGCAUCCAGUCAGCUCCCUGCCAGCCUCAGGGAAUCACAGGCCGCCUCGACUGCGUGACCAAUUCUGCCUGGAUAACAUGGGAUGCUGCUCCUGGGGUGGACAGCUCCUUCGUAUCAGCUGCAGGUGGAGACGAACAUACAGCCAACUGCACCACAUCCAGUAACACGACAUGUGAGGUGGAAGACCUGGCCUGUGGUGUGCUUUAUAACUUCACUGUCACUGCUAAAAACAGCAAGUGUGAGAGUCUGCCUAGUGCCGCCAUCGAGCUGCAGACCGCCCCCUGCUCCCUCUCCGGAAUCACCGCCUUCACUCAGUGUCACAACUCCACCAUCCUCGUCAUGUGGGAGCUCAUGGAGGGCAGCGAGGGCAACACGCAGUAUGUCGCCACAGCAGAAGCCAGCGACCAAACCUUCCUGUGGUGCAACAGCACAGACACCAGCUGCUACCUGCAGGGAGCACAGUGUGGCCUCCGUUACACCAUCAUUGUAGCUGCUUCUUCAGACCGCUGCAGCAGCAUGAGGAGUCCACCCUACAAAGUCAGCAUGGAGCCUUGUCCACCCAGAGACGUGAUGGUGAACUCCUCCUGUGAGGACCACAGUGUGCUGGUGUCCUGGACUCCCUCUCCAGUUGCUGAAAUGUACCAUGUGGUUGCUGUAGCAGCAGAUGGACACAUGCACACCUGCAACACCUCCUCCACUAACUGCAGCAUAUCAGAGCUCCACUGUGACCAGCAGUACACUGUAUCUGUGACUGCAAGCCACGAAAACUGCUCCAGCAAAGCCAGUCAGAACACAACAGUGCACACAGGUCCUUGCCAGCCAAGUGGACUCUCAGUUACUUUGCACUGCACCAAUCAGUCUGCGAUGCUGACAUGGACACCCAGUGAUAAUGCUGUACAGUAUUACGGCUGUGCGCAGGCUGGAAAUGGAGACAUGCUCUACUGUCACAGCACAAACCCCACCUGUACUAUCAACAACCUGGACUGUGGUACUGUUUACAACUUCUCUGUGCAGGCCUCAGAUGGAACAUGCAACAGCUCCCUCAGUGACCCUGAGCAGAGAGGAGCAGCUCCUUGUCCUCCAGAAGCUGUCGAGGUGAAGCUGCUGCCGAUGCAGAUGGAGAUCCAGGUGAUGCAGUUCAACUGGACAGCAGUCAGCUGUGGAGACACUGAGUACCUGCUGGCUUUAACAGGAAGUCUGCUGGGAGACAGCCAGGCCCUCUUUGAGAUCACUUCCUACUGGACAAACAGGACCAACUUUGAGAUUCCUCUCCCCUGUGGUUCAUCCUAUAAUGCCACAGUGCAGAGCAGAAACACUGGAGGCACCAGCAGCAAAUCGGUUCCUCUCAGUGGAACAACAGCUCCUUGUCCACCAUCAGGAGCGGUGUACAGCGGCAACAGCUCCUUUGCAACAGUUUCAUGGAACACUUCAGUGUUUGCCACCAGAUACACUGUAUUUGACAACAGUGUUACACCAAAGAGGCAGCUGUGCAGCGUACCAGGACUCUCCUGCUCUCUGUCCAACAUCUCUUCCAACAAUCUGGUGAUCACAGCCAGCAACGGAGCUGGAGAGAGCGAAGAGACAAAUGUCACAACUGUGGUGGCACAAGGACGCAGGAGGAGAGAUCUACAAAUGAAUGCUCCCUUGCUGAACGUCACACAACCAUCGGCGACAGUUGUUUUCAUUGAGUGGACUGAAGUGGAGGCUGCUUCCUAUUACAGCCUGAUGAUACACGAGCAGGACGGCUCCGGUAGCCAGGAAGAAUACACGGUGUACGGAGAAAGCAUCAUUCUCACCGAUCUGAGCCCAAACAUGACCUACUGUUUCUGUGUGUUGGCCGUUUUCUCUGCUGCUAGUGGACCAGAAUCAGAGCCUGUGUGUGUUCAAACAGGACAAGCGAUUUCACGAUAAAUGGGAAAGCAAUUUCGUCAACUGAGCUCGAGGUCGCUACACCUCAUUAAAAUGUGAAGGUCUUACUCUCAAACAGCAGCACUGUUGAGCGACUUGUAAUACACAAGAACGUUAGAUCUGGUAGAAAAUGGGAAUUAUUGUGAGAAGCUGCACAGUUUGAUUUUAGUGCAUGUUAGUUAUGUAAUGAAUUGAUGCAUCACUGCUAAAUAUAAAGAAUGUAAGUCUUGAAAAAUAAAAAUUCCCACUUUCAGGAUUUUUAAAUAUGACUGUAUAAAACCCUUCAUUAGAAAUAGGUUUUGUCUGAUGUCGGUUAAGGUUAUAUAUUUUAUUUCUGGGCUUCGGUCCUGCAGUUUUUUGUAAGUUCACUUUUGUAAAUUAUACAUUAGGUCUCUCAAAGGUAAUAUAUCAGGAAGUGUUUUAACAUGUCCAGUGUAUUUACUUUUUGCCAUUUCUAAAUGUAUAUUUAAUAUGGAAAGUAUUUUCAGACUACAUUGUAAUAAAAUUAUGAAAAUAUUUGCAUUCAGCCUUCA